UGAUUAUCUGUAGACAUUUUCUUUGCACCGGAAUAUUUUAUCGAAUCGUUAGCUGUGCAUCGCAAUUGUGAAAUAAUUUGCAGAUCUCUGCUUUAAUUGAGUCUCUAAUAUCACUCUUGAUACGUAAAAAUGUCUCAAGUGAAAUAUAUUGUGUUUCUAGCAGUGUUAAGUUGUUGCACUUUGCUAGGUCGUGGUGAUGUAGCGUCACCUAAGACUGAAGUAAUAGACGUCCCUUUGUCAACGAAAACGGCAGCGGCGGAGCAGUCACCACCAGACGUGAAUGAGGACGCAUUGCAUCCGAAACCCAAUACCACUACCAGUUCUUCAACCACAUCGACGACCACAUCAACCACAACAACGGAAGCCCCGAUAACCACUACGAAAUCUCCAACCACUACCAAACCCCCAACCACACAAGCUCCUCCUACCACGAAAGCCCCUAACACCACCACCACUGAAGCCCCUACCACCACAACAGCACCACCCCCUAAGCCUGGCCCGGUCCCAGCUCCUGAACAAGGAACUUGGAUGUACACAGAUGAGAACAAUGUCACGUGCAUUGUUGUUCAGUUCGCGGCCCAACUCAAUGUCUCGUACAACCAGAAUGUGCUGAACAAGACUCGCACCGCUUCUGUGCUAGUGAAUGUGCCAGCCAACGCGUCCCUGGUCAACUUGACCGGCAACUGCAACGGCUCCGCGCAGUACAUCCAGAUCACCUGGGCUUCUGGAGUGGUCAACUCCUCCGUCAGCAAUAGCGUCCGCCUCAAUUUCCUCAAGAACGACACCACCAAGGUGUACGCGCUGCGCAGCCUCAAUAUCACCGUUGACGCCAAGAUCAUGGUCAAUUCAUCGACGCCCGGUGAUAAGGUGCAACUGUCGUACGGCGAAGCGUGGCAGACUCCUGUGGGAACUUCGUACAGGUGCGGGGCUCGCACGCAGCUCAACCUGACCGUGGAUUCGGGGUCGGGUGAACUCGCCGCCUCGCUUGUGGUCUCCGGGCUGCAGGAGGAGGCUUACAGAACCACGCAUGGAAAAGGAUUCAGUGCAGCUCGUGACUGCGGCGGUACCGAUUUGCCCGACGCGGUGCCAAUAGCCGUUGGUUGCGCGCUGGGUGGGCUGGUGCUCGUUGUACUAGUGGCCUACCUCGUGGCGCGCCGUCGUUCCGCCGCCAGGGGAUACCUUUCCAUGUAGACCGCAGGUUGAACGGCGGUAAAAGUUGUAUAGUGAAAGGAAACAGUGUUAUACCCUCGCGAUAUCGAGUAAGCACUUUGAUUUAAUAAAAAAAACAAUCAUUUUAUUUUUUAUUCUAUCGUACUGUAUAAUCGUAUUCAUUCAUUUGUAAACUGCGGAGCAGAAGUGGAAACUUUCGUUCUUUAUACUGGCAACAUUUACAGUGUUGCAAUGUUAAGACUUCUAAAACGCCCAUUUGCCUAAUACAACUUAAUUAUCCUGCAUGUUUUUAUCCUUAAUAUUUUUUACGUGAAUAGAGAAAUUUGCUCAAGCAUUAGUUUCUUCAAAUUAAAUGAAAAAACAAUGUAUGUAUUUAAAAUACUUAAUUAUUUUAUGAAUACAGGAUUUCACUAACACAAAAAUCAUACAUACCUUUUGCUUUAAAAUUAUUGCUUUGUGAUUAUUAGCAGGUCUAUUUUCAUUAUAAAAAAAUAAUAUUUAAUACAUUUCCACUCUGUUGUUUGAAGAAGAUAGUAAUUCUCGGCCAUAUUAGUAGGAUAAUAUUGUUUCCGACAUCUGGUUUAGCUACAUUGGGAACAUGGAAAUCUUUAAAGUAGUGGUUAUAUGGAAAAUUAAAAAAAAUACACUAUAUUGUACUAGAGAAAUGUGACAAAUUAUUACUAUAUAAAUAGAAAUGUGAUGUUAUUCUUAGAUUUAUUGGAUACCUAUAGUUGUUUCUUCUACUCAGAUAAUAUUUUCGGUUUGAUUUUCUGAUGAUUCUUUUAAAUGUAUAUUGUUGAUUAUAUCCAAAGAUUUGAUUUCUGAUUAUUUGAUUUCGUUCACGUUAUACCGCCGUAUAACGACAUGAUACAAUGACAUGAUCGUAAAAUCGCCCUGUGUCUGUCCACUAAAUAUUAUUCCGUAAAAGACGCCCGUAGAAGUAGAUAGUGGUAACAAAACGCAGUGUCUUUUACUAUGAAUAGAUAGUAUAUUAAAUAUAUUUCAUUAAGUGUAAAACUGAACGCUGGACAUAUGCAUUGUUUACAGACAAAUCCAGAUUUUGAUUAAUGGCAACUCAUUUGAUUGCAGUGUUGCCAGUUGAUAAAAAAACAGACAAUGGAUUUUGUUCAGUAUUACCCGACGAACUAUGUUUCAAACUAAUAUUGUUAUAGAAAUUUUCCACCAAAAUAUAAUUAUGUCUGUUAAUUUAAUCAUAUAAUUAAGCAGUAAUGCUUACAAUACAUGACAUACUAUAUGUAUUAGUUUCAGUCAUAGUUCGGGGGUGUCUUGAGGUCUGGUUUGAUUCGGGUAGUCUAGAUAUGCGAGCGGUCUUUGGCUAGCUGAACAAUAUAUUGUCUUAAAUCAGAGUAAUUUUCUGUGACAUGUUUAAAAGGUAAAUAUCCUAAAUAAAUGGUACUUGGGACAUAUAGAAACAAAAAGUUUUAAGAUCAGAAAUGGUGUGUCUAAUAUGUAAUAAAUCAAGUUGGAAUGCCAGUCAAAGACCGCUCGAUGAUAACAUUGUGAUGUGAGGAGGUGUGAAAAUGGAGAAUUAAAUGUUUUUUAUUGCCACAUUAGACUUUUAUUUCACCUGUGAAAAAGCAAAGUUAAAUAAAUUACGUACAAUUAUUAUUUUGUUAUAUACACAGUCACGUAAAUUAUUCUUAUGAUCUAUUUAUUUAUGUACAAUGGCUUUGUGUCGCGUUGAACAAAGUGGUCAUUGUUUUUGUUGGAUUUUUUUUAUAGAUUUCCUUACAAGAAAGUUCCGCUCAAUGGUUAGUCGCUUGCAAUACACUAUAAUCAUUAGAUAUAUUUGUCAAAGUAUUAUCAUCCUUACUGCUGCACAAAUAAAGUUUAAAUUAUCAAAUCGAGACUACAAUACGUAUUUUAAUAAAAAUAAAAGGAUUUCUAUAAGAAUAGCAUCUUUAUAAUUCAUAAUCACCAUCAGACUAUUAAUGUCGCCACUGCUGGGGCGCAGGCCUUCGCUAUGGAUGGAAUAGGGAGAUGAGCCAUGACCCACCACGCGGGCCCAGUGCGGAUUGGCGGGUGUUAACGGCUGCAGAUGCAGCCGGGACCAACGGCUUAACGUGCCUUCCGAAGCACGGAGGAACUCGAGAUAGAAGAUUUUUGGUCCCCCAUCCAAUGGCCGACCACUGCGAAAGUUGCUUAACUUCAACAA